UUGUAUGGAACUCUACGAUGGCAACUAUUAAAACCCUCGAAAUAGAACUGAUUUGAUUGGUUUUGACGAGUUACCAUACAUUUAGGGCCCUUGCUUUAUCGUGACUGUAUGUGAUUGUAGAUCUACAUCAGUAACUCUUUGCUACUAAUCACUCUCAGAUUACUGGCUUGAAUUAUAAAAGGCGCCGGGGAUAAAAAAAAAUGUACAUCAAUCGUCAAAACUGACUUUGGUAGUCAAAGUCAAUUUUUAUUAACCAUUAUUAUUGAUUGAGAAUUGAGAAAUAUAAAGUUUUUUUAAUUGAAUUGUGUUAUAAUAUCUUAAACUCUAACGACCUUAUAUUAAUGUGGAAGACACGGGUAUUUUUUUGUAGCUUUGAAACAACUAAUGUGUGUUAUUUGUGGGACAGGAUGCUUUUUUACCCUUUUUGUUCUUUGCAGAUACACUUAAAUUUCGUAUACGAUCACCUCCGAUUUAGUAAAAUAAUACCUACAGGAGGGCCAUGGUGUCGACGCACGCAAACAACAAUACAAUAUCACAAGCACGACUGCCUGGUGAUCGGCGCAGGCGGCGCCGGCCUGCGCGCCGCCGUCGGCCUGGCGCAAGCCAAGUUCUCUGUGGCCUUGGUCUCCAAGCUCUUCCCAACCAGGUCGCAUACUAUAGCUGCACAGGGUGGGAUGAAUGCAUCCAUAGGCAGCAUGCACGAGGACGACUGGCGCUGGCACUUUUAUGACACAGUCAAAGGCUCUGACUGGUUAGGCGAUCAGGAUUCAAUCCAUUACCUUACUCGCGAGGCACCUCACGCUGUGUUCGAACUGGAAAAUAUGGGCAUGCCUUUUUCGAGGACGACGGACGGGAAAAUAUAUCAGAGACAAUUUGGAGGCGGCAGCACACAUCAGGGCAAGAAAGUGGCAAAGAGGACCUGUGCUGCAGAAGACCGCACGGGCCACGCGCUUCUCCACACGCUGUACGGCUACAGCACUCAGUUCAGCAAUAUCAACCUGUUCUCGGAAUUCUUCGUGUUAGAUUUGCUGUACCAGGACGGCGCUGUCGUUGGCGCCAUUGCCAUAGACAUGGACGAUUCCAGUAUACACAGGUUUCAGGCAAAGAACACAGUGAUAGCAACAGGCGGGUACCCGCGCAUGUACUUCUCGUGUACGGCCGCGCACACCUGCACGGGAGACGGCUGCGCCAUGGUCACGCGCCUCGGCCUACCACUACAGGACAUGGAGUUUAUACAGUUCCAUCCCACUGGUAUGUACGGAUCAGGUUGCCUCAUGACCGAAGGUUGUCGUGGUGAAGGUGGUUACCUCGUGAAUAGCGAGGGCACUCGUUUUAUGGAAAAGUAUGCACCAAAUGCCAAAGAUCUAGCUAGUAGAGAUGUUGUAUCCAGGUCGAUGGCUACGGAAUUACGUGAAGGUCGCGGAGUAGGACCCAAGAAAGAUCAUAUCUACCUCCAGCUCCACCACCUCGGGGCGGAGACCAUUAAGAAGCGGCUGCCAGGCAUCGCGGAGACGGCCAAGACCUUCACCGGGACCGACGUGUACACGGAACCGGUGCCCGUGCUGCCCACUGUGCACUACACCAUGGGAGGAAUACCUAUUAAUUACAAAGGAGAGGUGAUCGACCAUAAGAACGGGUGCGACAUUGUAGUGCCGGGCCUACACGGGGCCGGCGAGGCCGUCAGUAACUGCCACGGGGCCAACCGGCUCGGGGCGAACUCCAUCCUUGACAUCGUAGUGUUUGGCAGGGCUAUAGGGAACAACAUUGCGAAAAUAGCCGUGCCCGGAGACAAGCAGCCAGACUUAAAGGACAGCUUGUGUGAUGCAACCUUAGAUAACUAUGAUAAAAUCAGAUCGGCAGCCGGCACUCUGGGGCCGCACGAACUGAGAGCGAAAAUGAGAGUUACUAUGCAGCACAAAUGUGGAGUAUUCCGCACACAAAGUUUAUUGGAUGAAGCUCAAAAUGAAAUCCUAGAAUGGUACAACGAAUUCUCGAAGAUAUACGUGAGGGAUAAAGGAUGCAACUGGAACAGCGACGUGAUCGAAACCUUGGAGUUACAGAACAUGUUGCAACUAGCAGUUCAGGUGGUAGCAGCGGCCCGGAACCGUGUCGAGAGCCGCGGGGCGCACUUCCGAGACGACUUCCCCAAGAGGCUGGACGAGCUCGACUAUAGCACGGACACUAGUGGCCAGACAAAGAAGCCUUUAGAGGAGCAUUGGCGAAAACACACGUUCACCACUAUGGACCUAUGUUCAGGUAACGUGAACCUCUCCUACCGGCCUGUCGUCGACACGCCGCUGGACAACGAGGUCGAGUGGGUGCCGCCAGUGCCGCGCGUCUAUUGAACACUGACCAUAGGACCAGGAGACUUCGUCGUAGGUAAUUGAAAAAUAGUCAUCGUUCUGUAGUCUUCUCGACAAAAGAGAUCUGAAAUGUGAACAUUAUUUAUACAUGGUUAUAUUACAGUCGUUAUGUAAAACUAAUGAAGAUUUCAAGUUAUUCACAAAUAACAUAAUGUUCUUUGCUGAGACACUUUAAAUUCGAGUAGUAAAGUGAAGGGUGAAGGAUUAUUUUUAGUUCAAAUUAUUGAUUAAACUAGCUGAAAACUAAAA